GCGGUUUGUAAGUGAUUCAAUUACAGCAAAUUGUGUGUUACAAAAUAAAUUAAACAUAUGUUUUAACCCAUAUUUAGGCGAGAUAGUAACCUUGUGCAACAAGCGUUAUACAGUGUCACAGAUCAGUCACAUAAGAUAGUUUCUGGAUACUUUUCGGACAGUGAAGAGCGCAUGCCUCCAUGGCCACAAGGUGUUUCUGUCCAGGUGGAGCUUCUGAAAAUUAGCCAUCUUCACUGUUGCAAUCAGAACUGAGGCAGCAUGUCAGACUUCACCAUCGAUAUCCAGCUGACAGAACUAGGGUUCCCUGACAUCUUGCAGCCCAGAGAAAUGACCUGUGUGAAGGAGACACCAUCGCCUUCGGCCUCUAACAAUAUCUCCCCUGGAUCCCUGGCCAACCUCCAAAUCCCCAGUUCCUCGCCGCCUCCUCCUGCUGCACUCACCCCCACAGCUGUGGACCCAGGACUGGUCGGUGUAGAUCAGCUGGUUUCUGUAGCCUCACAGACUGCUUCUACAGUUCAGCAGGUUGCCUCACAGACUGGCCCUCACAUUACAGUAACCCCAAGUCCCUCUGGGCCCCCUGAGACACUGACAAUACUCUGCCCACCCCCUCCUUCUACACACAAACCGGUGGUAGUGGCACACACUUCACGGCCUGUUAGUCCCAUAUUGCUACCCAAGAGUUUAGUAAGUGGUCAAAGCAAUAGCCUUCACCAAAACCCCAAAAUAACUAAAACUGUCUUGAUAUCUGUGUCUCGUGUUGGAGCUGGUACUGUGUUGACUACUGUACCAGCUCCUUCCACUCCCCCUGUUGAACAUUUAAGAACCAUUAAGAAUGAUUCCAAGCUGCUGGCAGACCAGACUGCAAUGUUUCAGACCACUCCAAAACCUGUAAACACAGGGAAGCCAGGAAGGGCUGUCGCUGAGGAAGAAGAACCAGGAGAAAUUAUUGGAGAGGGAAUAGGAGGGAAAGGUGUUUUCGAUGAUGGGAAAGUGCAAGGACUGAAAGAAGCAGAAGUUGCAAAGAGUUUAGAGGAGGAUUCUGAGGAAACAGAUGACAGUGAGGUUUCUGAGAAUGAGGAUGACGAUGAAGAGGAGGAGGAGGAGGAGGAGGAACUGGACCCAGAAGCAGAGCCUGGAGGUUCAGGCGAACACCGCUGUAGCGUCUGUGACCUCGUCCUUUCCUCCAGCUUCCAGCUCCAGGAGCACAUGAACCUGCACACAGGGGCACGCCCCUACUGCUGUGCCGAGUGUGGCAAGCGCUUCUGUCAGCUGGCCAAUUACCGCUCCCACCUGCGGACGCACGCCCAGCCCCAGACCUCAGUCCCACCCGUACAGCUCCGCUGCCGUGUUUGCCUGAAGGGCUUCGAUUCUGAGCAGGGUUUGAAGGACCACCUAGCCAAGUCCCACUUUGAGAAGGAGUUCUAUGAGUGUGACGCAUGCAAGCGCAUCUUCACCUGCCUGACCAAGUGUGAGGAGCACCUGGAGGAGCACAAGCGCGAGCUGGCGGACCACGUGUGUCUGCAGUGCUGCCGCCGCUUCCGCCUGCGCCGCUCUCUCCGCCGCCACAAGGAGCGGGGCUGUGUCCGCAGCUAUCGCUGCACCGACUGCCCCAUGAACUUCAGCCGCAAGAAUGCCCUCCUCAAGCACAGCUUCUCCCACCUGGGCCUGCUGCCUUACACCUGCAUCCAGUGCCGCGCACAUUUCCGCCUGGCCAGGCUCUAUCGUAAGCACGAGUGUGAGCCGGAGCGACUCCACUGCGUGGCAUGCCUGGGCGUCUUCCAGAGCCACAACGACUUCCAGAGGCACAAGAGGGAGACGGGCUGCUGGGGCCAGCAGGGGACCAAGGGGGAUGAGAUCCGCUGUAUGGAGUGUGGCCAGGCCUUCUCCACGGCUGACGAGCUGAAGAAUCACGCCGGGGCCCACCAGAGGGUGAUGACCUGCUCCGAGUGCGGCAAGGGCUUCCGCUCGGCCUUGAUGCUGAUGUCACACAUGGGGGGCCACGCAGGGUCGAGGCCCUGUCUGUGUAAGAACUGUGGCCUGGGCUUCCCUCACCAGCAGGGUUACGAGAGCCACCUCAAGGACUGUGGACGCAAACCCCCUCCUGUGAUGGCUCCAAAGAAACCACGGAAGGACGCCCCUGCUGCUCCUUCCAAACCGCUAGCCCAGCUCGCUCCAAGUUAUCUCCCUGUCUCUGCUCCUGUGAAGAAACCAGAGAGACAAGCGUCAGCACCACUUCAUACUCUGGUGAGAAUGCCAGGCUCUGCCCCUGCCAGAGUCACUAUGGGAGUCCCUGCUUCUACCCCAGUGAGAAUGCCAGGCUCUGCCCCUGCCAGAGUCACUAUGGGAGUCCCUGCUUCUACCCCAGUGAGAAUGCCAGGCUCUGCCCCUGCCAGAGUCACUAUGGGAGUCCCUGCUUCUACCCCAGUGAGAAUGCCAGGCUCUGCCCCUGCCAGAGUCACUAUGGGAGUCCCUGCUUCUACCCCAGUGAGAAUGCCAGGCUCUGCCCCUGCCGGAGUCACAAUGGGAAUCCCUAACACCACUGCUGUCCGUGUGGUGAGCCCUGACCAACCCACCAAGGGGCUGUGGAAGCUCAGCCUGGACAAACAGCCUCCUCCUGGGGUGUCCUUGGUCAUGUUUGUCCCUGCCAACACCCCUCUGGCCUCUGGCCUCUCUGGCCCAUCCUCCACCCCCCAGCUCCCAGCCCUCUCAGGCACACAGCCCCAGUGGAAGGUAUUCAACCCAGCACCAAAUCCAGGAGCCCCUCCUCCGGUGCUGUGCCAGUCCAGGUUCACCUCUGAGCCAGGCCUGAGCCUGCGCUACUCCUCUGAUGCCCCGCUGGAUCUGGCCUUAAAGACCGCUGACUACGAACAGGAGCCUGCUAAUAUACUACCUCUUGAUCUGUCUAACAAGUCUACUUGCUCCACUCCUCCUGCUAACCUUGUAGUCAAGACUGAACCGAGAGACCCUGGGUUUGCAGAGGAGACUGAGGAAGAAGUAUUCACAAGUUUAACAGGUGAUAAAAAGGGGAUAGUCUUUCAGAGUAAGAGGGAGCCAGGGGAGGAUUCUAAAAUGGAGGCUAUGGCUCAGAAUGGGGGAAAUGGAGAAGGGAGUGGAGAUGAAGACAGGCAAAAUGACAGCAGAGAUGAUGGAACAGCUCAGUCUCAAAUGAAGAAGGCAGCAAAGCCGGGAGUCCCGUCAACACUGCAGCUCCUGACCGUCAAACAGACAGAACCUUUGAAGAACACUGCCAAAAUGGAUCUAGUGAAUCAGCUGAAAAUCGAGUCAGUCAGCUCUUUGCACUCCAAAAUGCUUCGGGGCUUAGUCCAUAUAAAGCAGGAACCACUGUCUCUAGAGGCCGACAGUGGAACACAGAGCUCAGACUUCUGUUGGUCCAGCCCGCUGAUAGCAUUGAAGAGGAAGAUGGAGCCAGACGUGGGGCUAGACUUGAGAUGGGAUGGGGGCACCCCAGGCUGUGUGCUCGACUUGAGGUUGAAUGGAGGGAACCCAGCCAAUCGUGAUGCAGUGGAGAAAGCAGAGGAGAGGAACAUGGAAGGAGACCGUGUAGAGGAGGAGCUUGAGGGUGGCGAGAAGGAUGGAGCAACAGAGGAGAGGAAAGCGGAUAAGGAUGGAUCGGAGGAGAGGAAAGAGCAGAAGGAUGGAUCGGAGCAGAAGGAUGGAUCGGAGCAGAGGAAAGUGGAUAAGGAUGGAUCGAAGGAGAAGGAUGGAAUGGAGGAGAGGAAAGGGGAGGAGGAUGGAACGGAGGAGACUGACGCCCCUGUUGAUGAACCCACAGCCCAUAACCCAGAGAUACAGUUCCCCUCCUCUCGAAUCCCCUCUCCUCCCUCCUCACCACCAUGUAAAAGACGAAGGUCACUAAGGACAAGGGAAAAGCCUAGAGCCCUACGUGACUGUUUAUUAUAAGGGCAGUACUUUAGACAGAGUGAAAAAGGGGAUUGCUGACAACAAUGUUAAUUAGGCUGCCUUUUAAUGGCCCGAGAAACAGAGGAAAACAUAAUCAAGCCUACUGUAAAACAAUUCAUACUAGGCUUGUUAUUAAAGCAUAAUAGCAACACAUUUUGUGGAUUAGUUGUGAUUUUUAUAAACCAUGCCUCUACAUUAAUUUGCCCUCUGGAUUUGGUUGCUUUCCUGUAUUCCAUUAAUUUUUUGUUAGCUAUUGAAGACUUACUAUGUCUAUGUUUAAUGUACCUGCUAGUGCUUAGUGAGCUAGCUAACAAUCCUUGUUGUUAGCUGCUUACUGUGUGGCAAGAGAUUGAGAUUAGGGUAAAUAGUGGCUAUUGUUUUCGAUGUUACAGUAGUUGCGUAUGUUGGCAAUAGGAUCAUGCACUUCUUCCAGUGUUACGCACACCUUUCCAAACACUCCAUAUCUAUUUGACUAUACCAACAUAACUUAUUUGUUUUUUUUGUUAUAGGUUGUCUAGUUAGUCUUCACUUGAAUGUCAUUGUAAUUUGUGUAGUUUCUAUUCUAUAUAAGCUGCCGUAUGGGACUUCAGUCGCCAAGGUUUCUUAUUCAGGUACUGAUGGGGAGUGUUUGGGAGCCAGGAUUUAAUGUACUGUCAACUUUCUGAGAAAUGUUUCUCAACAGCUCGAUUUUUGUUUGAUUUGAGUUCCAUAAUGGGUAUAAUAUGCAAGAAAAUGUAUGUGCUGUCCAAUUAUAAUGUUAAAUUGACAUGUAUAUCUUUUUCUAUCACGUUGAAUGUCUUACCCCAACUUCAACUGAAUGGUUACAGUGUUUUGUAGAGUUUAAAACAUUCUGUUCUGAAAUUGGGAUCUUAAAGGAUACAAAUAAAGAUCAACGUAUCGGAAUGG